AUGCCUAUUCUCAGGGAUGAAAAGGGUACUCCAUGCUUAAGCUUUAACUGUUACAAUGGUGGUACGUGCUUUCUUGACGAAUUUCAGCCUAAAUGUGCAUGUGAAAAUGGAUUCACUGGUCAAACCUGUGAAGUAACGCCAUGUUCAACAUCCCCUUGUGAAAACGGUGGGAAUUGUUCAGUGACGGGCAGUAGUUUUUCCUGUGCCUGUUUAGACGGAUUCACAGGAUUACAAUGCCAAAUUACGCCAUGUUCAGGAUACCCUUGUGAACACAGCGGGAAUUGUUCAGUGACGGGUAGUAGUUUUUCGUGUACCUGUUUGAACGGAUUCACAGGAUUACAAUGCCAAAAUACUCCAUGCGUAAAUUAUUUCUGUGACAACGGUGGUACGUGCUUUCUUGACGAAUUGCAGCCAAAGUGUGCAUGUGAAAAUGGAUUCUCUGGUCAAAACUGUGAAGUGACGCCAUGUUCAGGAUCCCCAUGUGAACACAGUGGGAAUUGUUCAGUGACGGGUAGUAGUUUUUCUUGUACCUGUUUAAACGGAUUCACAGGAUUACAAUGCCAAAAUACUCCAUGCGUAAAUUAUUUCUGUGACAACGGUGGAACGUGCUUUCUUGACGAAUUUCAGCCAAAGUGUGCAUGCGACAUUGGAUUCACUGGUCAAAACUGUGAAGUAACGCCGUGUUCAGGAUCCCCAUGUAGACACGGGAAUUGUUCGGUUACAGGUAGUACUUUUGCUUGCAUCUGUUUCAACGAUUUUACUGGAUUACAAUGCCAAGUAUAUCACGCUGACUUCGAGAACGACCUGGGCUCCAUAUUUAUUCAGGAUCUUAAUGAUGAUAAAAACUGGACAAUAAGAGAGAACAACACACCCAGUACAGGCACUGGUCCGUCUUCAGCAUACACAGGUGAUUACUACUUAUAUAUGGAGACUUCAUCAGGACCUCAGGGAGAUAUUGCAAGAUUACUGUCAAGGGACUUCAUUUUUGAAUACACUGGAUGUCUUAAGUUUCAGCAUCAUAUGUAUGGUGCUGACAUGGGAACGUUGAAUGUUUAUCAAGGAAGCAGCCUUAUUUGGAAUAAAACAGGAGAUCAAGGAGAUCAAUGGCAUCUCGCCGAAAUUAGCCUACAAGCUAAUAGUUUCAGUAGCUCCAAGAUUUCAUUUGAAGCAGUCCAAGGUUCAGCUUUUACAAGUGACUUUGCCAUUGAUGAUGUUCAAGUUCUUCUAACAGACUGUUGA